CUUCCUGCCGUUGCUCACAUCCCGAUUUCCCAAUAGUAAGUUGGUCAUCAUUGGCAAUCCGGCUGUAUAAAAACUCUUCCGGCGUUUUCAGUUUCCUCUUCCGUCAAUCGGAUAAUUUCUCAGUGCGCAAUGGUCUGUGAAAAGUGUGAAAAGAAGCUUGCAAAGGUGAUAGUGCCGGACAAGUGGAAAGAAGGUGCCAGCAAUACCACAGAAGGUGGUGGACGUAAAAUCAACGAGAAUAAACUUCUAUCGAAGAAACACAGAUGGACACCUUAUGGACAAACCAAGUGUACUAUCUGUAAGCAGCAAGUGCAUCAAGAUGCCAAAUAUUGUCAUACAUGUGCUUACAGUAAAGGAGUAUGUGCAAUGUGUGGUAAGCAAGUACUUGACACCAAGUUCUACAAGCAAAGCAAUGUAUGAUGUAUUUAAUUCCCUCACCAAUGUUAGAAGCAGUCUGCAAUAGCUGCAACUUCAAUCUGUAUCUUAAACUUCUUGUAAUGAGAAUGAGCAGUGAUGAUCAUGUUCAGUAUGAUCCAACCUUUCUGUCAAAGUGUCCGGUGCAAUGCGCCUUAAUUUGAAUUUUGCAGAAUGUUAAAGCUGUGUCAAAUGCAAUUGUAACUCAUUUGACAUAGUUGCUUAUUACAUUGCUCGAUCUGCACUUGUAUUGGAGUUUACUUCUUUACGCAACUUUGAUAUGAUUUUUUUUUUUUAAUUUUUU